AUGUCUGAAACGAUCUCACCAGAUUAUUUGGUGAUCGGAUCGGGUGCCAUGGGAAUGGCUUUCGUCGAUACCCUGCUCACGGACACGAAGGCCACUGUAGCCAUAGUCGACAAAUACGCUCGCCCAGGCGGUCAUUGGACAAUCUCUUAUCCUUAUGUUCGCCUUCAUCAGCCAUCCGCAUUUUAUGGCGUGAACUCUCGGCACCUUGGCGAAGACAAGAUCGAUCAGUUUGGAUUCAAUAAGGGCAUGGCUGAGCUCGCGACGGUCGAUGAAGUCUGCGCCUAUUACAGCAAGGUGAUGCAUCAGACUUUCCUCCCAUCUGGCCGCGUCGCAUAUUAUUCAAGGCAUGAAUACUUGGGUGACGGGACAUUUCGGUCUAUCCUUACACACAAAGUCGUCCGCGUCGGAGAGGGUACACGGAUUGUGGAUGCAACGUAUAUGAAGGUCAGAGUCCCCGCCAUGAGCCCGCCUGCCUACGAGGUCGCGAAAGAGGUGGAACUCAUCACACCGAACGAAUUACCGAAGGUCUCCCGUCCGUACGGUGGAUACACUGUUGUCGGUGCUGGAAAAACCGGAAUUGAUGCUUGUCUGUGGCUCAUAGCGAACGGCAUUGAUCCAAGAAACAUUUCGUGGAUCAUGCCCCGUGACGCAUGGUUGCUUGACCGUAGAAUUCUUCAGCCCGGGAAAGAGUUGGCUAAACAGUCUGCGGCCAUGGCUGCAGCCUCCCAUGAAGCCAUCAUGAUGGCCUCGUCCGCAGAGGACUUGUUCCGCCGGCUCGAGGCUUGCGGGUACCUGAUGCGGUUGGAUGAUGGGAUGUGGCCGACCAUGUACAAGUGUGCCACCGUCUCCAUGGCCGAGCUCGAGCAGAUUAGAAGAAUUGGGACAGUCAUACGACAGGGACGAGUCCUACGCCUUGAUGCUGAUAAGAUUACUUUGCAAAACGGAACGUACGAUCCUGUACCCGAUACGCUUUACAUUGAUUGUACUGCCGAUGCUCUAGCAAAGGUGACUCCGACACCAGUGUUCAGUGGCAAUCGAAUCACUCUUCAAUCAGUCCGCCAAUGCCAACAAGUAUUCAGCGCCGCCUUCAUCGGCCACGUCGAGGCCACGUAUGAAGACGAGCGACUCAAAAACGAACUUUGUCGCGUCGUCCCACAUCCCAGUGAGCCCAUGGACUAUCUCAUUGCGAACGUUCAGACGCAAAAGAACUUGCUACGGUGGAGGGCGGAACCAAGAACGGCCGCCUGGCUGAAGCAAGCCCGUCUAGACUGGUUCAAAAAGGUGCAUCCACCGGCGCCUGAGGACCCUGCAGAAGCGGCAGAGUUCUAUAAGAUGGUCGAAGCGAUCGAGCGUUCCACUGUCAAACUCGAAGAGCUUCUCAAUCAGCUUCCUGAACAGGAUGCGGUCAGGGCAAAGGCUCAGUUGGCGAGGUUUUAG